AUGCUCCCAUCCGACUUCCAUUCGGAUCACUUCAAUGAGCACGCAAAUGCCGCGGCGAUUGAGAGGAUCUUGAGCUCUGCCUCCUCGCGCCCUGACGGGCUCCUCUAUGAGUACGAGGCGUAUGAGCUCUUCGAGCUAAUCGGCAUCAAGGUCCCCGAGUUCAGAUACUUCCCUCUGCAUUCGUCCCUGGCCUCCCAGAUCAAGACCUUCAUGAAGCCCAACCAGAAGUACGUCAUCAAGUGCCACAUCCCCGGGUGCCUCCACAAGACGGACAUCGGCGGGAUCAUGCUCUUCAAGGACCGCUCGAACAUCGAGGCUGACCUGGAGCCGUUUGUCAACAAGCUCAAGAGCGCCGGCCACAACCUCGAGGGUGUCAUUGUUGUCGAGAUGGCGAAGUUUUAUGACAGUGGGAUGUCAAACGGCGAGCUUCUGAUCUCUGUCUUUGAGGACAGCAGUUUUGGCCCGUGUCUCUGCUUUGGCCUUGGCGGUACAGCCAUAGAAUACUAUGGGGACGUUAUGAAGCAGUCCAUGUCCACCGUUUUCCUUCCGGUCUUCUUGAACCUCAAGGAGUCUAAGCCAGCUCUUGCAGCCAUAGAGCGUCUUCCAGUCACACAGUUCUUGCUGGGCGAGGUCCGUGGGAGCAAGGCGCAGGUCAGGUCCUUCAAGGACAUCGUGAGCCCCCUCGCUAACCUUGCUGAAUGCGUCAGGUACUAUUCGAGAUUCAAUCCCAAGUCUAGAUAUGUUGUUACGGAGUGCGAGAUCAAUCCCACGGUCGUUGAGAAGGGUACUGGCUCCCUUUUGGCCCUUGAUGGCGUUGUCCGCGUCGCCGUUAAUCCCAACUUCGGGAAGCCGGCCCGCGAGAUCUCCCUGUACAAAGUUGCAAAGCCGCUUUACAAGAUGGGCUAUCUCUUCGCCCCGCGCUCUGUCUGCUUGGCGGGUGUUUCUACCAAGGUCGAGUACAACCCCAUGACGGUUGUCUGCAAGAAGUUCCUCAAUCUUCCUGAUGAAAUGAGACCCGAGAUAGUUUGCAUUCAUCCCACAGCCAAGGAGAUUUUUGGAAAUAAGGUUUAUCCGAGCAUUUCAGCUAUGAUGGAGGACCGCAAGGCCUGUGGCCUCGGCAACGUCGAUCUGACUGUCGUUGGUAUUCCAGCUGCCUCUGCUGGAGCGAUGAUGCAGGAAAUUAUUGAUCUGAAUGCAACCAAGGCUGUCUUUGUCAUGUCCGGCGGUUUUUCUGAGACGGAAGCGGGUAAGGAGAGCGAAGAUGGACUCAAGAGGUCUCUAGCUGCAUUCGGGAACGACACAGAGCGCCGCAUGAUCAUCAACGGCCCGAAUACUGUGGGCUAUAAGUUCUCAUUCGAUGUACCCGAUGCUGACACAAUAGACAGAUUGAAGGCGGAGGGGAACCAUCUCGAUGCGUUCAGACUGGAGUAUCUUCACGACCCUGCCACCCAUCUCGAGAUCAACACCGUUUUCCUUGCUUCUUACAAGUCUUCUGGCCUUGAGCAAAAUGGACGCCGCAACUGUGCGUUGAUUGCCCAGUCCGGCGCAUUCAUGAUCUCGCGCAUUGGGGAUCUUGCUAACCGUUGCAGGCCGCGCUGCUGCGUUUCUGUUGGAAACCAGCUCUGUCUCUCUGCGACUGACUGCUUGGAGUGGCUACUGGACGAGAACAUUGCCAGGGAUGCUGGCUGCACAGAUGAAAAGCUUCUUUCUCUCGAGCGCUACAAGCCAAUGAUGAAGGUUAUUGGCAUCUACUCCGAGGGCUUGAACCCAUUCGAAGGCAUCCGCCUUAUCUAUCUGAUUGCCAAGGCAAGGAGUCAGGGGAAGAUCGUCAUAAUCUACAAGGCUGCGCGUACCGCUGAAGGCAGCUCUGCAGUUGCUGGCCAUACAGCCGCGUUGGCAGGCAAUUACAACGUCUUCAACGAGCUGGUCGACAUGGCCGGCGGGUACAACGCCACCUCUGCAGACGACUUUGAGGAUGCGUACUAUACGGCUACGUGCAUCGUGGAUAGGCUAGGAUCCCUGGAUGCUGCUGUCCUAAGGCGCGAAAGGGCUGCGAAGGAUAAUCCGGCGCCGCCAGAGGUUGACUCUCAUGGGCACAAGAAAGCAGCCCCGAAUCCUUCUGCAACCUGGAUCAGCGGGCAGUCCAACGCCGGCUACGAGAAAUGUGCAAUGGCAGAUCACAUGUUUGCUCUUUCAACGGUCAACUGCUCCCGCUACCUUUCACUUCCGCAGUUCGAUGAGCCGUCGAAGCUGAAGAUUGCCGAGCUUUUCAAUAAGUAUAAGGUCGGGUCAGUCGUUGACAUUCAGGACAUCCUGGACACGACCGCUAUUCUUCCAGAUCUUGCGUAUGACGAGAUUUCGCGCGCUCUUCUCUCCAGUCCCGCGGUGGACGCAGCCGUCAUCGGGCUCAUCUCCGAGACGCACGUCAUUUGUACAUUGGGCGGUGAGUAUGGUGCUAAGUUCAAUGAGGAUUGCGUAGCGAAUAAGGAGUCUGUUGUCAACAGGUAUAUUAACAUUUGGCAUGACCCUGCGCUCCAGAAGCCGUGGGUGUUCUGCAACGCUGGUGGUUGGAAGUAUGACGAGCUGAAGGCUCACAUGACAGCCUGCGGUCUUCCUGUUUUCCCUCAGGUGGAUCGCGGCUCAAGGGCCCUGACUGGAAUCAUCAGGUGUUGGCGUGGGCGUGACUGCCUCUAUACGCCUCACGAUUGA